AGCUACCCUUGCACUGAGUCACUCAUACAGAUCUUUCUCAAGAGAGGGUUAUCUAAUCUCCAGAGUAAAACCAAGCAUGCCGAGCUGGAACCUCUUUGUGAAAGGACAGGAAGGGAAGACAAUGAAUUUCAUUCAGGAGGAUGAUCCAACAAACAUUCCGGUAGAUACCGUGAAAAAGCUCAUUCAAGAGAGGACUGGGUUGCCUCCUUCAGAGCAAAGGCUAAUAUUUGAAGGAAAGCAAAUGGAAGGUGGAAAGAAGCUAAGUUCCUACCGUAUUACCAACAAUGCGACAAUUUUCCUUGUUAUGCGUCUGGUUGGUGGAGCACAACGACCACCACAGCCACAUGUCCGUAAAAUCGACCCUUCGGUUCCCCGCAGUGAUGAAGACUGCAUGAUAAUGUUCACUGAUGGAGAGAAUGUCCGAAUGCCCUGCGGUCACACCCUCUCCCCUGAAGGCCUGAUUGAAUACAGCUGGAGAGAGAUCUGCGUCAACAGAAAAACUGAGGUUCACUGCUGUCUUUGCAAACAGUUGUGGGACACGGACACAAUUCGAAAGUACGGUGGUGCUACUGACCAGGAGAUAACUGUUCUCCAGGAGUGCAUGUCUCUGAAUUACUGCCAGAAAGAUCCAAAGAUAUCAGAGUGUUCCAGCUGCAAGAACUUUAGUGAGAGGAUGUGUGAGUCAGAUCUGUGUGUCGUGUGCCGAAUUUGCUCCAAAAAGAAUGGUAAAACGUACAAUUUUUGUUGGGACUGCAAGCAAGAAUGGAUCGGAAAUCCCACCAACAAGAGGUGUGGGAACGACAAGUGCAAUGCUCAAGAGCUUAUCGAGCAACUUAGAAACUGCCCAGAGGUGGAAAUUUCCUAUCUGAAAGGAGUCAAAGCCCCCUCCAUUCGAGCAUGCCCAUGCUGUGGCUCCCUCAUUGAGCACGGUGGCCAGUGCAAGCACAUGACCUGCAAGGCUUGCUCAAAGGAAUUCUGCUUUCUGUGUUUGCGUUUUCAGGAAGGUGGUUCCUCGUCCUGCGGAUCGUAUGCCACUGCUUGCAGCGUCGCCCCUCGCCAGAGCAGAAUUCCUUCUCGUAAUUAGCUAACUAGUACACCAGCUAACUUCCAGAAGGGCCAGAAGUAAAAGACCCAAAAGUAGCGUAUUAUGUGUGUUUGAUAGAAGUUUGCAUUGCUGUAACAGUAACAGUUUUUCACAAUCAGGAAAAGACGUUUGUACGUGUUGUUGCUACAUUGCUAUAUAGGAUCACAAUAUGUCGCAUUUCCCCAUCACGUGCUGCCGCAAAUGCUAUCCUCGCGGCGUGGCAUGUCGCGACAAGGCUAUUGUGAACCAAGCCUAACGCAA